CGGACGAUGAUUUCAUAUUGCCCUAUGUGUGGAAAGCCCGUCUACUUUGCUGAACGGAAGCGUUCUCUAGGCAAAGACUACCACCCCCUUUGUCUGAAGUGCUACCACUGCAAACGGCAACUCAGUCCUGGCCAGCAUGCCGAGUAUGAUGACAAACCCUAUUGCUCACAUUGUUAUCUUCAACGCUUUGGGCCACGAGGAACAAGACCAUUAACAAGUCGCUCAUCUUUGGGGGCAUCUGCUUCAUCUAAGGUUCCAGCAGAAACCAAAAAGACCUCUUAGAUUUCCUUCCUUUAUUACACUGGUGGGGUGGCAAUUAAUGCAACAAGAAGCAAGAGACGCAUUUUCAAAAAUUCAGUCAUUGGAGAACAUUGUUUGAACAUUGAUGAUACAACAUUAUACAUUCCGACAACUUCCCCAAAGAAGUUACUCCUCCUGUAGAUGAAAGCAGAACCUGUGAUGAAUGCAUUUUAAGAGGUUAUAGCAAGAUUUGCUGGAUUCAAUACUUCCAGGAGAAUGGAGAAUAUUCUCAACUGUAAUUUGAUGAAGGAUGUGCCAGUUUGGUA